GCCCAAAAAAGAAAAUAAGGAAAGGGGAUGUGUGUCUGCUCCCUAUAGCGGAAAGCCCAAAGUGAAUCGCCAUUCGCACGGGUCGCGACCUGCUGACCUCCGAUUUCUGAAGAGCUACGCCGAAGACGCACCACCGCACAGCGCCGCUGGCUCCGCCCUCCACGGCACCACCAUCCAGUACUCCAGGCAGAAUAUUCCAUGGCAGAGAUUAUAAUGAAGUUUUUCAUCGCUUCCAUGUGUAUGUGGGCAGUUCCUCUUGCAAUUCUAUAUGGGUUUAACCAUAAUUUGUUUCCCGGUGUGAGUGAUAUGUCACCCUACUCUAUGACAUUGCUGAGCGGCAUCCUUGCUGUCGUUUCAGUCAAUGUGGUUAUUGCAUUUUACAUUUGUAUGGCAAUGAGGGAACCCUCAGACAAACACAGGCCAGAUGUUAAAUUCCUGGCCGAUGCCAAGGCUAGCAUAAAUCAAUCGGAACAAAACGAAGCUGAAAAUUCAUCGGAAUGCCACUCAAAAGAAGAAUAGGCGAUUGGAUCUUUGCAGUCCGAAAUGGUUUCGGGAUCCUUAUUAUCUAUGUGCUCGGGAGGGCCUCCAUUGAUUAUGAGCUUCCAUCAUAGCGUUACAGAACUAGCUUGUUGUAUUUCCAAUUACAAUUAAAUUAGAACAAGUCCA